AUUUAUUUUAUAAUUUGGUAAUAAUGGCGAUGGCGGAGAAGAAAAACGAAUACCCACCAGCCGUCGAGGCGGAUAGACGUUUACUCCCUUUCGAAACAUGGGAAGAUUAUUUAGACUCACUCAUUGAAAUUGCUGAUCUGCGUAAUCUCAGAAGUAUUGGCACUGCUCGAACGAUAGCAGCUCUUGGUUAUAGAGCCAAUGGGGAUACACUGACAGAAAAGGAAUUCUACACACGUCGUGCUGUCAUACACAGCAUUGUUUAUCCGGUGGUCAGGCCAUACGUGCUCGUGAGUGAAGGGGUCAAAAUUGACGAUCCUUUUAACCGUGAACUGGCGGUAAGAGAAAGAGCAAAUAGAGUCGGAAUUUUACAGUCGGUGAUUUUUAUCCGUCACUUCACCAAAGGCGGUUUUGAAAUAUCUGGCUACAUAGAUUACGCGCAUCGACUCGUAUCAGAAGAUUGGGGACCAUUUUUUCGAGCGAAUAAAAUGCUGUGGCCGAGGAACAGCGAUUUGGGUUACUAUCACUGGAGACACGGUACCGUGAGGAGCAAUAUUAGCAGAAACUAUAAGCCGAUUAUGGACCCAGAUCGAGGUCUCUUAUUCCAAAAUCGCCAUGACCACAAGAUUCUAUGUCCUGAUCCCCACCAAGACCCUGGACAGAAUACUACCAAACAGAGGGUAUAUUCUCCUCGUUACACCCAAAUUGAAAUUUAUGAUCACGUUGUAAGAAGAAAAAGUUGACCAACACUAUCAACACUACUUUUGGAUUUUACUUUUAAAUAUAACUGCUGUACUUUUUGAUGAGUUAAAAUAUACACAAAAAUC